CUUCGUAUUUCCGGGCCAUGUUCAGUUCUGAUAUGUCAGAGAGUCAGACGGGCGUCUUGAACCUUCCCACAGUGUCGUUAUCAGUGUUCGAAGACAUAACCAAAAUGUGUUUGUGUGGAAUCAAUCUAGUGAGUGAAGACAACUAUAUGGAGGUAAUAGAUGCUGCUGCGAUGAUGCAGCUUGACAACAUCAAACAGCUCUGUGUACUACACCUGAAGGAAGGACUGACUCUAACUGAUAAAAACUGUCUGGGUUGGUGGAGACUUCUGAAAAUGUACAAUUAACACGACUUGUCCAACAGAGCUUUUUUAUAUAUGGCUGAGAAAUUUGCUGAUUUUGUUCAAACAGAAAAUGUUGUUCAGCUGUCAAAGGACGAAUUGCUGGAAAUAAUUUCCAAAGAAGAGAUGGAAUGUACAGAAGACAUCAUUCUGAAAGGCGUCAUGCAGUGGAUUGACCAUAAUAACCCGGAACAAGAUGGAGGCAAAGUUAUUUUUGAAAACGUGCUUCUCGAUAUUGUAGAUUCACAGUUUCUGAUUGAUGACGUCACAUUUUCAGACGUUGUUUGUAAAACCAAAUCUGUCCAGGUAAUGAUACAAAAAGUUCUACGUUCACCAUAUCGAGUGUCGGCUCGUUCAAGAGUCAGUACUAAAAUACGUGAUGUCUUCGUUCUCCAUCAUAACAACACGUCACUACUGUCUUGUUUCACGUCACACAACAAGUGGAAGUACGUCCCACCAGGUCCAGUAGAUCCUGGAACUUGGUAUUCAGCAGGAGGUUUGGACGACAAGAUCUAUAUCACUGGUGGAUAUAACAAGACGAAAUGUACACUAAUUUAUGACACCAUUACGAAAGUGUGGACAGUAGGUCCAGAUCUCACACAUGAUCACUGCUAUCACUGUAUGGCCACAGCUAACUCUCAAGUGUACUCGAUAGGUGGUUGGUAUAGCACCACAACAGAGGUACUGAGGGAGAGUGAGAUGCGCUGGCACGUUGUUGGAGAUUUGGGAGUUACACGAUAUCACACUUUCGCUGUUACAGUUGGUGAGAACAUUCUGUUAUGGGAGGAUAUACAGUCUCAGGCGGAUCAGAUAUUAUCCAGUGUUUCAACACCAGAAUUCACACUGUCAGUCAGCUGAACACAAAGUUACCAUGUAGCUCAUGGUCACUAAGAGGCUCUGUUCACCUCCCAGAUGUUUAUCUGUUAGACAACGACCGCCACGUGAUGCACCUGCAGGUCACCAACACAGAUGGCGACAUCCAGAUUCUGGUUAAAUCCAGAGUGGAAUGGAAAUCAUUUAAUUUUCGUUUUGGUGUAACACAACGAGAUGGAAGCUUGCUGUGUUUGACAAAAGAUGGAAUCAGCAAAUUCAACCUCGAUGAAGGUAAAGAAGAACAGAGUAUAUCCCCUAAGUCACCUAGAAGUGGCAUAGUCUACAAUGUGUGCACGAAGCCAUCUGGGAAAACAUCAGGAUGAUUGUUUAUUGAUUAAUCUCAGUGGGAGGGCUCGCCUCGUGUUCUGAGACAACAUUAGUGUUACAAACAAAGCCAGGCCUACUGAACACACUGUAAGGAUUCUUCUUUAAUAUUAGGGGGAGAGCUGGCCUCGUGUUCUGAGACAAGAUAAGAGUUACAAACAACACCAGGGAUACUGAACUCACUGUAAGCAUUCUUCAUUACUCUCCGUGGGAGAGCUCGCCUGAUGUUCUGAGACAACACUAGUGUUACAAACAACACCUGUCCUACUGAACACACUGUACGUUUCCCAAGUCACCUAGAAGUGUGGACGUUUACAGUGUGUGUACGGUGUCCUCUGGGAAAAUAUUGUAAUAGUUGUUCCAGGAAUAAUCUCAGUGUGAGGGGUCGCCUUGUGGUCUGAGAGGAAAUAAAAGACUUAGUUCUACAAACAAAGCAUUGUGAACGCUGUAAUAAUCUCAGUGUGAGAGGUCGCCUCGUGGUCUGAGAUGAAAUAAAAGACUUUGUUCUACAAACAAAGCAUUGUAAACGCUGUAAUAAUCUCAGUGUGAGAGGUCGCCUCGUCGUAUGAGAGGAAAUAAAAGACUUAGUUCUACAAACAAAGCAUUGUAAACGCUGUAAUAAUCUCAGUGUGAGAGGUCGUCUCGUGGUAUGAGAGGAAAUAAAAGACUUAGUUCUACAAACAAAGCAUUGUGAACGCUGUAAUAAUCUCAGUGUGAGAGGUCGUCUCGUGGUAUGAGAGGAAAUAAAAGACAUAGUU